AUUUUGCACAACCUCCCGUUGAGCGGUCACUGGAUCAGUGGAUUCUGCAUUGGGAUAGCUCGCGUCAUAGAAACCAAGAGAGCGACGUUAUCCUGAUACCGUCAUGGGCUUCAUAGGCGAUCUCGCAGCCGUCGGAAUGGCUGUAGGCCCACCUCUGAUCUAUGUAGAUCAGGUCCGGAAGAUUCUGAAAGCCAGGGACUCUUCUGGCUUUUCAAUCGACAUCUGUGCCGUUGUGAUCAUUGCCAACAUUACGAGAUGCUUCUUUUAUCUCGGACAUCGAUUUGAGACUUCACUCAUCGUGCAAUCAAUAUUACUUAUCACCUCUCAACUAUUCCUGCUCUCACUGUGUAUCCACAAUCGGCCGACAAGAUCUUCUCAAGAGCGAAUAGACAAUGAGCAACAAUCUUUUGCCAGCAGGAUGCUCAAGCAACGACCCUUCAACUUUUGGCAAUGGGAUAGGCUAGGAAGCUACCUAGAGUUUCUCGCCGGGUUCAUCGUUGUUAUGGUUAUCAUCCACUUCGCUCUCGGCUGGAGCUCUUCCGUCGUAGAGAGUCUCGGAUUGAUCGCUUUGGGGCUCGAAUCUACAUUACCCAUCCCGCAACUACUGUCCAACUAUCGACGACGGUCUACCGAGGGUUUCAGUGAUCUCGUUCUCGCAGGAUGGCUAGGAGGGGACAUUUUUAAGACCGGGUUUUACCUUGCCAGGCACUCUCCCAUGCAGUUCACAAUAUGCGGCGCCAUCACUGUCUUGCUGGAUCUAUGUGUACUUGCACAACGAUUGAUUUACCGGGAUCGCGCUCCCCAGAAUUUGCCCGAAGACGAACAGAUUAUAGGGGCUCCUAUUGACCAUGAGCAUGAGCUUGCAUUGCAUUCCCCUUACGGGGAUAUGGACCCUGAAGACGAUUCGAGGCAACGUACUUCAUGAUCUUCCCAGCCAAACUCUCAACACCUCAUAUUGUAACGACCGAAUCAGUAACGAUGACCUGAUACGACCAUACAUGCGGAUUAAAGCUGACAGCCAUCAGCCUUGGUAGCGUUAUCUGCGUUCUGUCACAAUAUCUUUAUGUUCUGAUAGCAUUAUUGUGCACUUUG